AUGAAAAAGUUAUUCUUAAAGGUAAUUCUUUUUGAUAUUCCACUGAUCCUUUUUGGUUUAUGUAAUGGAGGAAAUAAUGGAAGAGAAUUAAAUAAUUUAGAAGAUCUUAUAAUAAAUACACCAAUUGAUUUUCAUUUGGAAAAUAGAAACAACAAAGAGGAUAUUGAUAAAUUUUCAUAUAAUUAUGAUUUAAGAGAAGAUUAUUACAAUAAAAUCAGAGAUAACGUAAGAACUGAAAGUAAAAUUCCAUCAGAUUUAUCCAAAAAUAUAUUAUAUAAAAACAUAAGAGGUAAUAGUGAAGAGAAUGAAACUCAUAAUGAAAUACUCAAAAUACCUUUUAUAAGAAUGUAUAAAAAUAAAUUAUAUAUACAACAAAGAAAAUUACUAAAUAUGAAAAAUAAAUUAAAUGAUAUUCAUAUGACUUUAAGUGAUAGAAUUUCUAAAUUUUUUAUUAUACCAGAACCACAAAAUUAA